CGAACCUCCACCACGGGUGUGCCUGCAGCUGACCGUGUCAGCGUCGCGGGUGGCACCGAUUAGCGCGGUUGGCUACAUACGGUGCGAAAGAAGUUCAACACACACAUCCAUCCAUCUCAAGCCGCACCACUCGUGGCUCCUCCUGCCGGCCGUGUCAUCCUCGGGCUCCACUGCCGCCCAUGCUCGGCGUCAGACGCGGGCGAUUCGAGGUGUCGGGACCCAUGGAAGACUCCCUGUACGAGAACGAUGGCCAGGCGGCUCAGCCGAGCCGCUUCAGAGUGAGCCGCCUCUCCUCGCUGGGAGGAGGAGGAGGAGACGACACUGACGACGCCGGGGAGGGUCGCGCCCGAGGCGACCUGGAGCUGACGGGCUACGACACCGUGAGCGACACCUACUACCAGAAGACGUGGGGGCACGACACGCUGGACGCGGUGCCACGCAUCGACUUCUACUGCAAUACGGUGGUGCCGGGGGAGAGGGCCCAGAAAGUGCGGCCCUCUUUGGCCGAGCUGCACGGAGCUCCCGUGAAGUUGCCGCCGUCACCGCUGGAGUCCCCCGAGGAGGGAUCCGCUGGGGGAGAGAAGGGAGCCGCUGGGGGAGAGGAUGGGGACGCCGAUGAAACGGCACCGGAUCCCGAGCUCAUUCGCUUCGGCUGGGUCAAGGGCGUCAUGAUCCGAUGCAUGCUCAACAUCUGGGGAGUCAUUCUCUAUCUCCGGCUGCCCUGGAUCACGGCGCAGGCCGGCAUCGCGCUCACGUGGCUCAUCAUCCUCAUGUCCGUGACCGUGACGAGCAUCACGGGACUCUCCAUCUCCGCCAUCUCCACCAAUGGGAAGGUCAAGUCGGGCGGCACCUACUUCCUCAUCUCGCGCAGCCUGGGCCCCGAGCUGGGCGGCUCCAUUGGCCUCAUCUUCGCCUUCGCCAACGCCGUGGCCGUGGCCAUGCACACCGUGGGAUUCGCCGAGACGGUGCGCGACCUCCUCAUCGAGACGGGCAGCACCAUCGUGGACCCGACCAACGACAUCCGCAUCAUCGGCGUCAUCACCGUCACCAUCCUGCUGGGCAUCUCGCUCGCCGGCAUGGAGUGGGAGGCCAAGGCCCAGGUGGUGUUCUUCAUCGUGAUCAUGAUUUCCUUCGCAAACUACCUGGUGGGCACCGUCAUUCCCUCCACCAAGGAGAAGCAGUCCAAGGGGUUCUACAACUACAGAUCCGACAUCUUUGCGCAGAACAUUGGGCCUGCCUGGAGGGGCGAGCAGGGCACCUUCUUCGGCAUGUUCUCCAUCUUCUUCCCCUCGGCCACGGGGAUCCUGGCGGGGGCAAACAUCUCCGGCGACCUCAGGGAGCCCAACAUCGCCAUCCCUAAGGGGACCAUGCUGUCCAUCUUCUGGACGACCGUCUCCUACCUGGUCAUAUCCGCAACCAUCGCGUCGUGCGUGAUCCGCGACGCGUCGGGCAAUGUGAACGACACGCUGCCGGAGGGGGUGCCCCCGGUGCCCUGCGUGGGUCUCGGCUGCGACCACGGCUGGAACUUCACGGAGUGCACCCUCGCGCAGAGCUGCCCCUACGGACUCAUCAACAACUACCAGACCAUGGGCCUGGUGUCGGGGAUCGCGCCGCUCAUCACAGCCGGGAUAUUCGGGGCGACGCUCUCGUCCGCGCUGGCCUGCCUCGUCAGCGCUCCCAAAGUGUUCCAGUGCCUGUGCAAGGAUCAACUCUACCCGGGCAUUGGGAUGUUUGGCCGUGGCUAUGGCAAGAACAACGAGCCCAUCCCAGGCUACAUCCUCACCUUCAUCAUCGCCGUCGGCUUCAUCCUCAUCGCCGAGCUAAACACGAUCGCCCCCAUCAUCUCCAACUUCUUCCUGGCCUCAUACGCACUCAUCAACUUCUCCUGCUUCCACGCCUCCAUCACCAACUCUCCCGGCUGGCGCCCGUCGUUCCGCUACUACAGCAAGUGGGCAUCGCUGUUCGGCGCCAUCAUCUCCAUCGUCAUCAUGUUCCUGCUCACCUGGUGGGCCGCGCUCAUCGUCGUGGGGAUUGUCAUCUUCCUCCUGGCCUACGUCAUCUACAAGAAGCCAGCCGUGAACUGGGGCUCGUCGGUCCAGGCCAGAUCCUACAACAUGGCGCUGUCUUACACGGUGGGCCUCAACCAGGUGGAGGAACACAUCAAGAACUACCGGCCGCAGUGUCUGGUGCUGACCGGGCCCCCCAACUCGCGGCCGGCCCUCGUGGACUUCGUCGGGACCUUCACGAAGAAGCACAGCCUCAUGCUGUGCGGGAACGUGGUGUCGAGCCCCGGCGGCCUAAAGCAGAAGGAGGCGAGCGUGGAGGGCCAGGUGCGGUGGAUGGCCAAGCGCAAGAUGCACGCCUUCUACCACACCGUGGCCGCCAGCAACCUGCGCACCGGCACCCAGAUGAUGCUGCAGGCCGCCGGACUUGGAAAGUUCAAGCCGGACGUCCUGGUGAUGGGCUUCAAGAAGAACUGGAGCUCCAAGCACCCUCAGCAGAUGGAGGAUUACAUCAACAUAGUCCAUGACGCCUUCGACUUAAACUUCGGGGUUUGCAUCCUGAGGGUGAAGGAGGGACUGGACGUGUCCCAAUCCGCGCAGGCGCGAGUCAACCCGGCGUUUAACGGGACGGAAAACGGACACUCGCACACCAACGGGGACGGCAGCGGCGCAGGUGGCGUGGCUCGCACUCACGGGACUCACGGCCCCCCAGAAGGCACCGUCGUCGUUGUGGUCGCACGCUCUUCAGUCAAUGCACACGCUGCGCUCGCCGACCCAGAGGCCGCAAUCACAGACGCCCAAACGCCCAGCAGCUUCCAGGGCUCCCAGGGGAAGAAGUACGUCGACAUCUACUGGCUCUUCGACGACGGAGGACUGUCCCUCCUCAUCCCGUACCUGCUGACGAGGAAGAAGAGGUGGCGGAACUGCAAGCUGCGGGUCUUCAUCGGAGGCCAGAUCAACCGCGUGGAGGAGGAGCGCCGCGUCAUGGUCCAACUGCUGAACCAGUUCCGGCUCAACUUCCACGAGGUGAACGUCCUUCUCGACAUCAACCAGCGACCCCGGCCAGAACAUCAGAAACGCUUCGAGGACACCGUAGCCCCGUAUCGGCUCAACGAUGGCUUCCUGGAUGAGCUGGCCUUGGAGGAGAUGAGGAAGAACUGCCCCUGGAAGAUUUCUGACGAGGAGAUCCAGCGACACCGCACCAAGACGUCUCGCCAGAUCCGGCUCAAUGAGAUUCUGCUGGAUUACUCCCGGGACUCUGCGCUCGUCGUCGUCAGCAUGCCAGUGGGGCGCAAGGAUUCGUGUCCCAGCGCGCUCUACAUGGCGUGGCUCGACGCUCUCUCCCAGGACCUGCGAGCGCCCGUGCUGCUCGUGCGCGGCAACCAAUCAAACGUGCUGACAUUCUACUGCCAGUGAGGGCCCAACGUGCUGACAUUCUACUGCCAGUGAGGGCCCGACAACCAAUCCAACGUGCUGACAUUCUACUGCCAGUGAGGGCCCAACAACCAACCCAACGUACUGACAUUCUAC